AUGUCGGGGGCCUCUUGGCAAGAAGAUUUCAAGACGAAUGGCUUUGCGGUGAUUCCAUCCGUGAUAUCUCGCGACAAAGCGGCCGAGUACCAAAAACAAGCCUUUGAUUGGCUUGUGUCGUUCGACAACCCCGCCCUAGACCUGUCCAAGCCUGCGACCUGGACGUCUGAGAACCUCCCCUUCAUCUCGAGUAUCAACACUUUCCAUCACUAUGGAGUCGUCCAUGAAAAGUUCAUGUGGGACAUCCGCCAAGAGCCAGGGGUCAUUGACGCUUUCGCCAAGAUUUGGGACACCGAGAAGCUCAUCGUCUCGUUUGACGCCCUGAACAUCACGCUCCCUAGAAGGCCAAACCACGUCCCUAGGACGAAAUGGCCGCAUGUCGACCAAAGUCCAUUCAGAGAAGGGUUACAAUGCGUGCAGGGCAUAGUGAGCCUGUCCAAGGCGGGGCCCGAAGACGGGGGCUUGACGGUGUACCCCGGGACUCACAAGGCCACCGAGCAAUUCUUCCGCGAACAUACGGACCGGGCCCAGUGGACGAGGAAGGACUUUUUCGCUUACACCCCGGAGCAAAUUGCCUGGUUUGAGAGCCAGGGCUAUCGAGAGCACAAGGUCGUCGCGGAGCCGGGUGACCUUAUCAUCUGGGACUCGCGGUUGAUCCACUACGGUGCGGAACCGACGGCCAAGAGCGACACGAUUCGGACCAUCACCUACGUUUCGUACGCGCCGGCGUCAUUUGCGACCGCCGAUGCACUGGACGCAAAGAAAAAGGCGUUUGAGAAAUGGCUAGCUACGACGCAUUGGCCGCACGACAACAUCGCCCCGAGAACCAAUCAACCCACUCUUCCGGACGGAACGAUUGAUACACGAAGGUCGGAACCGCGAGAGAAGCCAGAGCUGACCGAACGGUUGCUGAAGCUGGCUGGUGUACAAGCCUACUGA